AUGAACCAGUUCCUCCUCCGGCGCUGCCAAAAGUUUAAACCCUUUGAGACAUUCAAAAGGUCCAAAUGCCUAAUUAACAAUACGCUCAGUAGCAAAAACUUAAAAUGGAAGACCACAAACGAGUCGUACUGUGAGUACAUACUCACACCCGAGGAGGAAGCGCAACUAAGACAAAAUCAUUUGCGCAUAAUGGCAAGCAGCGACAUAAAUGUAGAUGGCAAUGUCAUGCACGAAGGCGUUAAAAAUUAUAAGGACAAUAUGAAUACCUCUAUAUACUACAAAAAAUUAAACUCCAAUUUGAAUGACAUCAAAAGUGGCAGCAGCCUCUUUGGCCAGUAUUAUGUGAAAAUUAUAAACAGUCUGAUGGAAAAGGUUCGGGAUGUUCCCCUUAUAAAUUACGUGUACAACAAGAUCGUCUUGAAGUACAGAGUAAACAUUCACGUGUUUGUUUCUCCACUGUACGAAAGAAUGAACAAUGAAAAACUGUUUGUAAAAUUUCAAAUAAAUAAAAACGACGUUCGACAAAUUAUGUACUUCUUAUGUAUGCACGUAUGGAUUUACUGCGCCAAGUUAAAUACGAUGAAUAAUCGGUACUUAAAGAUUCUUCUGUGGGAAAUCAUAUGGGACUAUUACAGAGCAUUACUUAUCAAGUACAAAAUUUCUGAGUUUUCCUUCAAUACAUAUUUGAUUAAUAUGCAGGAAUAUUCCCUGGGCUUUUGCAUUGGUUUGGAUGAAUGCAUGGAAAAAGAGUUCUACGCGGGAAAUAUUUGCAAUCUGCUUUUUAACCACAUUUACAACGAGCAAGACCAAUUUAAAAACUCCAAAGAGUUAAUAGACUUAACAGUUUACUGCAUACGGAUGUACCAAUUUGUUCACCAGUUGCCGGAGGACAACUUCACGCACGCGAGGUUUACGUGGCCAGACGUAAAGUAG